UGCGAGAUCACAAGUAGAAGUACUGUCAGUAACAUUUCAAAAAUGAAAUUCGCACUAGCACUGUUAGCCCUCGUGGCUACAGCCUCCGCCUAUGAGCUCCCCAAUUUCGGAAGAGGUUAUGUCCUCCAUAAGGACAUCCAAGAAUUCAUAGAUCUUAUACCUGCCGAGAAAGUAAUCCAAAUCACUCUUCAAUACUUUACCGAAGAUAAAGACUUCCAGAGAAUGAUCGAAUACUUCCGAUCUGAGGGAUUUAAGCAGCUAGUCAAAGAUGUAGAAGCUCUGCCUGAAGUUAAAGUUUUUAUGGAUUACGUUCAUAAUGCCGGUAUUGACAUUUACAAGAUGGUGAACGACUUGAACUCUGCUCUCAAGCUCCCUCCUCUUACCGCGCCCUCCUACUUCGGCACAUAUAUUACCGGUGGAAUUAAUGGAUAUAUUCAAGACAUUCUGAACGUUUUGCCUCAACAACAGCUUAAGGAUUUGUAUGAGAAGAAGCUCAAGACCUCUGCAGCAUUCGCCGAUUUGGUCGCGCAAUUGAAAUCCGAUAAUUUCCAGCAACUCGUCAACCAGGUUUACAAUAACCCUAUAUUCCAGGAGCUUUUGACACACGCUAGAACUGAAGGCAUUGAUCUCAUAAAGAUCAAGAACUUGUUGGAGUCUCUCUGGGGCAUUAAAAUUCCCACUUAUUAAUUACCAGGCGAACAUCAACGUUACAAUUUUUUUUAUUAUCACAAUUAUGCCAAUAGUAUUUUCAAAAUUACUAUCUCAUAAAUAUUAAAGACUAUCCGGUUACAUAAUAUUAUAUUCUUCAUUUGUGCAAAGUAAUAAAUAAAAAUCCCAUAUUACAUUA